CUGCCACGGGCGAAAUGUUUCAGAUUCCUUUUCGAGCUCAAUCAUCCCACUCAUGUCUACUAUCGUUGGCGUUUGUUUUCGAUCUCGCAAGGUGACACCUUUCUCGAAUGGCGACGUGAGAAGUUCAGGAUGUUUGACGGUGGAUCAUGGUGGCAGCCACCAAUUCCACAAGCCGAACUCUUCAGCUGUAUGCCCCGUUCGCUAUAUAGCUUCGCGUGUACUUUGACUGAGCCCAGUCGUUGGCUUCCCAAGUUAGAUGCAUCUGGCCAGCGAUCAGCUCGAUCGCACGAAACAAGAGGAAGGCAUGACAGAUCAAGAAGUCCCAAAGGGGAUUCCAAGAAACCUAAGGCUCGUCUACGAAAAAGUCAGCGCAAAAAGUUAGAACAAAUUCUUAGAGAACUGACGCCGGAAAGUGAUAGUAUUGGGUACGCUAUGGUUUGGUGUGCGGACCAUGCUACGUGUGCUAGAGAAAUCUGUGAUUGUAUAUAUGAAUCGCUCACUAUUGAUGAAACCCCGUUGCAUAAGAAGAUUGCGAGGUUGUAUCUGAUAUCCGAUCUUUUGGCCAAUGCCGCAUCUCGAGGAGUAAGAGACGUGUUUUACUUCAGGCAGUACUUUGGUGAUCUCCUUACAAAGGUAGUUUGUCUUUCCAAAUUUCACUAA